CGUUCAUUUGCGACAACAGUGUGACAUUUAUAAAUAUUCAAUUUUUUGUUUUAUUGAAAUUCAAACUCGCGAUGUCGCGAUCUAUUUUUCGGUAAAAUCGCGGUAUUUUUUACUUUAAAAAUAGCCGAGUUACGAGAGAAUGAGAUGCAAAUAUCACUGUAUAGCACUAUCUCACUCGGCGAUGCAGUUAGCAUCAAGACUGUGACAGCUCAGUUGUUGUCUGUUGUUGCUAGUGUGAAGUGCUCCCGGCUUUCGCCAAAAACGUGACAUCACGAUAAUAUCAGCGUUUUUGUGUGAAAAAUGGGGUCGAGGACCAAAUUGAUGUUAGAGUUAGCAAGAAAAAAAAAAGAUGAUGAUGGUUGCGAUGUUGUUUCAAAUGAUACUCGUAACAUGGAUUCUUCAGAUACUCAAGAGAAUGAAAUGAUCGAAAAUUCAGAGACAACUCAAAACUAUCGCCGCCGUUCUAAAUUUACAAGUUCAUCGUCCAGUAGUUCUUCCAGUAGCUCCUCGUCAUCAUCUUUUGUAGAAGAUAGCGAUGACUCAGUUAAAGAUCCAGAUUAUCAAGAGUUACGUGAAAAAUCAAAAUUCAGAUUUACACUAGCUGAAUUUAGUGAAAUUCCAAUGACAUCUGAAAGGAACUCUCAAGAAAUAAACCAAAAUGAAAACAUGUCUACCGUCGCAAUAAAUGAAAAUACACUACCACAAGAUUUAUUGUAUCAGUCAAACAUAGCUACAACUGAAAAUCAAACUCCAAACUCAAAUGAAGAUGAAAUAGUUUAGACGCCUACAAAAAAGGGAAACAAAUGGCCAAGACAGGAAAGUUAUUGGAAGAAAAAUGUUGCUAAAAAUUUGAGAAAUUGUGGUAAGUCCUAUGUAUCAUCUAAAACUAAAAUAGUAAUGCCUGAACGAAUACUUAAGCCCCCUUGUAAAGAAACCUGUAAAUUUAAAUGCCGAUCCCUCAUUAAUGAAACCCAACGCCAAGAAAUUCUAAAUGAUUACUGGAAUUUGGGUGAUAUUGAAAGACAAUGGUCAUUUAUACUUCAGUCCAUUGAUGAAGUAAAGCCAGUACAACGUUAUGUUAGAAUUGAUGAAAAUAGAACUCCAGCACCGAAACGAAACAAUAAUAAUGCAUUCUUUUUUACUUUGCAAGGCGUAAAAAUAAGGGUUUGCAAGGACUUCUUUCGAAACACUCUGGCAAUAAAUAACCGACCUAUAGAAACUGCACUAAAGAAGAAAAAUAAAGAUACAAACAUCUCUUUAAUCAAAGAUAAACGUGGGUGUCACUCUAACCAUGCCCACGUAGAUGACAAUGGUGCAAAAGGUUUCAUUGAAGCUAUCCCUAAAAUUGAAUCUCACUAUUUGCGAGCUAAUUCAAAAAGACAUUACAUUGACGGAAGUAAGACUAUUUCGGAUAUUCACAGAGACUAUGUAGAACAAUGCAAGACUAAUAAUGUUGGUUUUGUUAAUUAUAUUAUGUUUUAUCGAAUAUUCACACAAGAAUUCAAUAUAUCUUUCUUUAUCCCUAAAAAAGACACCUGUGAGUUUUGUGAGGCUUACAAAAAUAGCACUGAAGAAGAAAAAGAAAUGAAGAAGGAAAGUUACUUAAAACACCACCAAGAAAAACUUUUAUCACGAAAUGAGAAGGAAAAGGAUAAUGAUGAUAAUAUAGUUGUUGCAGUUUAUGAUUUACAGGCAGUAUUUCAGUGCCCUAAAGGAGAAAUAUCUGUAUUCUAUUACAAAUCAAAACGGAACGUACUGAAUCUGACAAUUUACGAUAUUAAAAAUCACUUUGUCGAAUGUUAUGUAUGGGACGAAUCACAGGCUCAUAGAGGUGCCAACGAGAUUGCCACAUGCGUUUUUAAAUAUAUAAAAAAUAUUUCAGAGGGUGGCAAACCAGUUGACGUUGUUUUUUACUCUGAUAAUGCUGCUGGACAGCAGAAGAAUAAGUUCACGACGGCUAUGUAUUUUUAUUCUGUGCAGAACUAUCCAAAUAUAAAGUCUAUCACUCAUAAAUUUCUCAUUAAGGGGCAUACCCAAAACGAAGGCGACUCAGUUCACUCUCAGAUUGAACGGCAUGUGAAAAGGCAGUUGAGAUCUGGACCUAUAUAUACCCCUGAAGGUUUCAUAGGCGCCAUAAAAGCUGCCAGAAAGAAAUCUACGCCGAUUCACGUCAACGAAAUCUGUUAUAGUGAUAUUUGCGAUUGGAAAGCUGUAAUAAGUAAAGUAAAUUUCGUGCUUCAAAAGGAUGAAGAUAAAAAUACCAUUAAAAUUUCAGAGAUAAAAGUGUUUAAGCUCCUGAAAGAUGAGCCUGAUACAUUAUACUUCAAAACUUCUUACGCUGAAGAAUUCAAAAGAGCUAUCAUAAUAAAAAAGAAGGUUGAUUUUAACUUUCCCCUCAAGAAGGCUUUUGACAGAAAACCUGGUUUAGCUGAAAAGAAGAAAGAAGAUAUAUUUUCUCUGCUGAAUGGUAAUCACAUUCCUGAAUACUACAGAUCAUAUUUUGAAAGUUUGUAGCUUUUUAUUAACCUGAUUAAUUAAGAUAAGGAGUACUUUUUUUGUCUGAAGACUGAAUUAAUAUAGUUUUUGUUAAAAGUUUAUUAUUAGAAUUUUUAAUUUUGAUAUCAGUAUUUUUUCAUCUUUGAUGAUUCUGCUAACGUGCCAUACAUGAUUGUGAUAAUUAUUGUAAGCUUUUUUUACUAGGCCAAGCUUAGUUAUUGAUUGACUGUUGAAUAAAGACGAAAAGAAGUUAUAUGUGAUUUAAUUAUGUGCCUUAUUUUAAUGUCUUAAUUGUAAUUGAAGAUCUCAUCAUAAAUAUAUUUCUAAGUAAAACUUGUUAAGUACUAGUUACCACUAUUUUGAUAUUUCAUAUUGCUGUUAUAUUAAAGAAACAUUUUCGAUAUCAACGUUUUAUCAUUUCAUGACUCAACACGAUGCAACUUAGUUUAUCAUCUUCAACGUUACAUUUCAUUAUAACACAUCAAAAAUCUUGCAUAUUUCAGGAAAAUGGUGAUAAGUUUUCUCUUUUUUUUUUAAACGUAUAAAUUAUGGGUAUUCUCUUUGUAAACAUACGAUGACUAUACAUAAUUAAUUUGUUCAUUAGUUAACCUAUAAUACGUUCUAACAGAGUUAGGUCGUUCGAACAGUAUUUAAAAAAAUAAGAUCGUUCAAAAGUUUAAAAGUUGUUUCCUGUAAAGUUGGGGUUUUUGAGAUGUCACAUUGUCGUCGCAAGUGAA